CUCAUUCACAACCAAUAUUUCUUUGUGUUAACAUUUUUAGAUUCUAAGUGGAGAAAGCCAGAAACAUCUUAGUUGGCCACAAAGCAAGAAUGGCUGGCUGGAAGUUUCUACCUCCUUUGGUUUUGCUUGUUGCUACCUUUGUUAUUGUGGCUGAAAGCCGAGUAGCAAGGAAAGAUUUGGGUUUGGACUUGGGUGGUGGUUUAGGAAUUGGAGUGGGUGCAGGAGUAGGUAUUGGUUUAGGAGGUAGUGGCUCAGGGUCGGGGUCAGGAUCUGGUUCUGGCUCUGGCUCUGGCUCUGGAUCUGGUGCAGCCUCUGGAGCUGGGUCUGGUGCUGGUUCAGGAGCAGGUUCAUCUGCUGGGUCCUAUGCUGGAUCUGGUGCUGGAUCAGGCUCCGGGUCAGGUCAUGGCCAAGGCCAAGGUUCUGGUUCAGGACAUGGUGAAGGAUAUGGCGAGGGUUCUGGACAUGGGCAUGGCUCUGGAAGUGGUUCCGGAUACGGCGAAGGCUAUGGCGAGGGUUCUGGCAGUGGACGUGGGUCAGGAAAUGGUUCUGGUUAUGGCGAAGGCUCUGGCCAUGGAUCAGGUUAUGGAGCUGGGCAUGGAAAGUGAGGAAAAUGUAAUAUUUAAAACUAGACUAGUUUGUCAUCAUCGUAUUGUUCAUAAAAUAAAGCAAAGCAGUGGUGUGAUGAGUCUUAUGUAUUUCUUUGAAUCUAUUGAGUUUCAGAGUCCUAUGUUAGCUAAAAGAAUGUAAGUUUUCAAGUUAUUAUCUAAUAUAUGUAAUACCUCUCUACACUUUGAGAAUUUCAUCAGAAUUUGGAAACUACACCUGGAAUGAAAUGAUUUCAUUGUGGUUUAUAAA